UAUAAUUUGCAGCUUCUAAUUUUUAACAAACGAUAGACAGUCCCCUAAUUGGAUUAAUACAAAUUUAUCGCCAUCGCCACAUUUAUAAAAUAUUAUUAUAUUUGGUAUUUUUGUAUUUGUCCUCUCACGACCAUGGGAGUAUAUGACCUUAUUUGGUAUUCCCUAAAUAGAGAACACUACCCAGACUGCAUAUGCACGUCACAGACAAUUACUAGUAGAUAGUGAAGUAACUUAACUUCUUGGACGCGCUGAUGUAGUGUGAAAGUGUGCUGGAGCAACAUGUCUGUGGAGAAUGUGGCAGCACCUCCUCCACCUCCACCUCCACCUCCAUCACUGGCUCGCUCAGUGUCCAGCAAGAAGAAGCUUUACCAGGCUUUAGCAGAGGGAAGGGCCCCUGUAGAAGGGGACCAUGAAGAGGCCAGGAUUAUUCUAGGACAGAGAGAAAGCAGGUGAGAACAAACCGCAUUUAGGAAGGAUCUGCAGUGGUUGCUGUUCAAUAAGUAUGUGCCUUCACUUAUUCAAGAUGGUCCACAAUGUGGUCUCGUGGCCUUAUGGAUGGCGACUCAUCUUCUGCAGCCUCCGAAGACAGUGGUGCUGGAGACACUGGUCCAGAUGGCAAAAGACAGCGGCUACACUGAACAAGGAGAAAUGUUUUCUGCAUGUGACAUGGCCGAGCUGGCGGAGGAAGUGUGUGGGUGCAGAGUUCAGAGGUUAUCAGGAGGCAUGAUGGGAGAAAACACUGCUGUCAUUCUGAAACACCUCGCUGGGGGGCAACCUGUUCUUAUACCAUAUGAUGAGGAUUUUAAUCAUGAGCCUUGUUUACGCAAUGGCCACAAAGCCCACUGGGCAGUCAUCUCAGGAGUAUUAUUAGGCUUAAAGCAGGGGUGUGUGGACAGCAGACACUUCCUCCCUGACCUCACACUUCCCUGGCUGCAUCUCUCUCAGAACGAGUCUCCUGUCUCAUGGCCGAUCGAUGACGUUAAAGAGGUGUUUGUUCUGGCUAAGCAGGGGAAGAGUCUACGCUACCAGCUGUGGAAUUUUGAGUUGGUAACACAGAGCAACAGUCAACUCAAGGAGAUGGACCCUCAGAGAGCCAGCGAUGGAACGAGGUACGUGCUUCCUCCUGGUGGCGUACAGGACGGUCUAGCGGGACAAGUGCUGCUGCUCCACACUAACACACAGAAGAGCUGAUCAAGAGCACCAAAGACCCUUCUGCAGGCCGGAUGAGCUCUUUCAGAAGCUGGACGCACACUGUAUUUUCAAUCCUUGUCCACUAGGUGUCCUUAUAGUUUGAGUGUUUCUAAAGGUGCUACGUGAAACAUUCAUGUAUGCAGAAAAGGGUAUUUAUAUUAGAUAUGAUAUUAGAAUUUUACAACGAAGAAUGGUUCCAGAGAUGGAUUCAUAUUUGUAGUUUGGGUACAUUUCACAAGCAAGUGGUUUUAAAGAAUAAACUGGUAGAUUUUA